UUGGGUUGGUGUCCCCCCGUCAUGCUAUCGCUCUUACUGCUGCUGCUCAUGCUGAGCAUCUGUUGUUCCAUCGUGGGAUUCUGGUCUUGGGGAUCGAUCUGAUCGGAUUUCUUCACUCCUUUCACUUUUUUCAUCUUUUCAGAGGCACUUCACUUGCCUCCCUCUCUCCCCUCCCCCUGUGCUUAGCAGCUGCAUGCGACGCGUCCCUUCCGGUUGGUCAGUCCGUGAGCCUCAGUUCCAUUCAUUUCCCUUCGCUGCUCGCCCGGCUCCCUCUGCGCAUUGCGCUUCGCCCUCGUCCCCCGUGUUUAUAUAUACGACUGCUCCGGUGACUGGGCCAUCCCUGGGCCUACUUCUUCCCCGAUCCUUAUCCCUUCCCUUCCGGUCUGCAUUCACCGUUGAUGGCUGCCGCGGCCGGUCACAAUUGUUGGUUUUCAUGAGAACGGUCUCGUCGCUCGCUGAGUCCGAGGUCUGUGUUUGGGUGUCUGUCCAUCGGCGAUUAUCCAUUUGACCUGCCCUGUCAAUCCGCCAUUCAAUCUUCUCCCAUUGUCUCCCGUAAGUGUGUUCGGCUCCUCCCUGUCAGUUCUUCUGCGCGGCCGGUCAUCCCCUCGUUCGCAUGGUCGGCGUCUUUCUUUCUCUCUCUCCCCCCGUUUCCCUCUGGUCGCUCUCUCACUUGCUGUAC